GCGGCGGGAUGCGGGUCCCGGCGGCCGCGGGGCUGGCGCGGGGGCUGGUGUGCGCGCUGUGCUGCGCCCUGGCGCGGGGCUCCGAGGACAUCGUCGUGGGCUGCGGCGGUUUCGUCAAGUCCGAUGUGGAGAUCAACUACUCCCUGAUCGAGAUUAAGUUGUAUACAAAACAUGGUACCUUGAAAUACCAGACAGAUUGUGCUCCAAACAAUGGGUAUUUCAUGAUUCCCCUCUAUGAUAAGGGGGAUUUCAUUCUUAAAAUUGAGCCUCCCCUAGGGUGGAGUUUUGAACCAACCAGUGUAGACAUCCAUGUGGAUGGCAUUAAUGACAUUUGCACAAAAGGAGGUGAUAUUAACUUUGUGUUCACAGGGUUUUCUGUGAAUGGAAAGGUUCUCAGUAAAGGUCAGACAUUAGGUCCUGCUGGAGUCCAGGUUGUACUGAGAAAUGCUGGCAGUGACGUAAACAUACAAGCAACUGUUACACAACCUGGAGGAAAGUUUGCUUUCUUUAAAGUGCUUCCUGGCGAAUAUGAAAUCUUUGCAUCUCAUCCUACCUGGAUGUUGAAAGAGUCAAACACAGUGGUACGGGUGACGAGUUCUAACGCUUACGCUGCUAGCCCUCUGGUUGUUGCAGGCUACAAUGUUUCUGGGUCAGUACGGAGUGAUGGAGAACCAAUGAAAGGGGUCAUGUUUCUCCUUUUCUCUUCUUCGGUCGCUAAAGAGGAUGUCGUGGGCUGCAGUAUUUCUCCUGUAGAUGGAUUCCAGUCAAGAGAUGAGUCUCUUUCCUAUUUGUGCAAUGUUGUAUCAAAAGAAGAUGGAUCUUUCAGCUUUCUUUCUCUCCCGAGUGGGAAAUACACUGUGAUACCUUUCUACAGGGGAGAGAGAAUUACCUUUGAUGUUGCGCCGUCUAGAUUGGACUUCCUUGUAGAGCAUGACAGUUUACAGAUUGAGCCUGUUUUCCAUGUGAUGGGUUUCUCUGUCACAGGCAGAGUGUUGAAUGGUCCUGAAGGAGAAGGAGUUCCUGAUGCCACUGUGACUCUGAACAAUCAGAUUAAAGUAAAAACAAAAGCUGAUGGCUCUUUCCGCCUUGAGAACAUAACAACGGGUACAUACACAAUUCAUGCCAGGAAAGAGCAUCUGUUCUUUGAUACUAUUACUGUGAAGAUUGCACCAAACACACCUCAGCUAGCAAACAUCAUUGCAACAGGGUUCAGUGUGUGUGGCCGGAUCUCAGUAACUCGUUUCCCUGACACAGUCAAACAGAUUAGUAAAUACAAGGUAACGAUGAUGCCUCAAGAUAAGGACAAAGCAUCACUAGUUACAACAGAAACCGACCCUCAUGGAGCAUUUUGUUUUAAGGCAAAAUCGGGUACAUACAAUGUUCAGGUGAUUAUUCCAGAGGCUGAGACCAGAGCAGGAUUGGCUUUGAAACCCAAAAUGUUCCCUGUUACUGUUACAGACAGACCAAUAAUGGAUGUGACCUUCUCUCAGUUUUUGGCUUCUGUCUCAGGGAAGAUCUCUUGUUUAGAUACUUGUGGUGAUCUGGUGGUGACAUUACAGUCUGUGAGCCGCCAGGGUGAAAAACGCAACCUGCAGCUCUCUGGAAACAUGGACUCAGUGGCCUUCACAUUUGAAAAUGUGCUACCUGGCAAAUACAAAGUAAGCAUUGUACAUGAAGACUGGUGCUGGAAGAAUAAGUCUUUGGAGCUGGAAGUCAUGGAGGAAGAUGUUUCAGGAGUAGAAUUCAGGCAGACUGGAUAUAUGCUCAGGUGUUCUCUUUCUCAUGCAAUUACACUGGAAUUUUAUCAAGAUGGAAAUGGACCAGAGAAUGUUGGUGUUUAUAACCUGUCCAAAGGAGUUAAUAGAUUCUGUCUCUCAAAGCCAGGUGUAUAUGAAGUGACUCCACGUUCCUGCCACCAGUUUGAACAUGAGUAUUACACUUAUGACACGUCUUCUCCUAGUAUACUGACGCUCACUGCGAUUCGACACCAUGUCCUUGGCACAAUUGUAACAGAUAAACUGAUGGAUGUGACUAUUACCAUUAAGUCAUCCAUUGACAGUGAACCUGCCUUAGUUUUGGGGCCCCUGAAAUCUGUACAGGAGUUACGUAGGGAGCAGCAGCUGGCAGAAAUUGAGACCCGCCGACAGGAGAGAGAAAAGAAGGGUCAAGAGGAGGAAGGAACAAAGCCACCAGUGCAAGAAAUGGUGGAGGAACUCCAAGGACCUUUCUUAUAUGAAUUUUCUUACUGGGCAAGGUCUGGAGAGAAAAUUACUGUAACACCAUCAUCAAAAGAGCUGCUUUUUUACCCACCGUAUGUGGAAACAGUUGUUAGUGGAGAGAGUUGUCCUGGAAAGCUGAUAGAGAUUCAUGGAAAAGCAGGCUUAUUUCUGGAAGGGCGAAUUCAUCCUGAAUUGGAAGGUGUUGAGAUUAUCAUUGGUGAAAAGGGAGCAACUUCCCCACUCAUCACAGUUUUCACUGAUGACAAAGGUGCUUACAGUGUUGGGCCACUCCACAGUGACUUGGAAUAUACAGUUACUGCUCAGAAAGAAGGGUUUGUUUUGACUGCAGUGGAAGGAACAGUUGGGGACUUCAAAGCUUUUGCUCUUGCUGGGGUGACAUUUGAGAUCAAGUCAGAGGAUGACCAGGCUCUUGCUGGAGUUCUCUUGUCUCUCAGUGGAGGGGUGUUUCGGUCCAACCUCCUUACACAGGAUAAUGGCAUGCUGACUUUUUCCAAUCUGAGCCCAGGGCAGUAUUACUUUAAACCCAUGAUGAAAGAGUUUCGCUUUGAACCAUCAUCACAAAUGAUUGAAGUGCAGGAAGGACAGAAUCUCAAAAUUCGGAUAACUGGAUACAGAACAGCUUACAGCUGUUACGGCACAGUUUCUUCUUUAAACGGAGAGCCUGAGCAGGGAAUCUCAGUAGAAGCUGUGGGGCAGAAGGAUUGUAGCAUCUAUGGAGAAGACACGAUAACUGAUGAAGAGGGCAAAUUCAGGCUACGUGGCCUUCUGCCUGGUUGUGUGUAUCAUGUGCAACUCAAAGCUGAAGGUAAUGAUCACAUUGAAAGAGCUUUACCACAGCAUCGGGCAAUUGAGGUUGGGAACAGUGACAUUGGUGAUGUAAAUAUUAUAGCAUUUCGGCAAAUUAAUCAAUUUGAUUUAAGUGGAAAUGUAAUUACGUCUUCUGAGUAUCUCUCCACGUUGUGUGUGAAGCUCUACAAAAGUGAAAAUCUUGACAACCCAAUUCAUACAGUCAAUUUGGGACUAUCCCUAUUUUUCCAUUUCCCACCACUGCUCCGAGAUGGUGAGAAUUAUGUGGUGCUCCUGGAUUCUACACUGUCUAAAUCACAGUAUGAUUACACCCUGCCUCAAGUUUCAUUCACUGCUAUUGGAUAUCAUAAACAUAUUACAUUGAUUUUCAGUCCCACUAGAAAGCUGCCUGAACAAGAUAUUGCCCAAGGAUCUUACAUCGCAUUACCACUGACGCUGCUUCUGUUGCUGGCUGGUUACAACCACGAUAAGCUUAUUCCCUUAUUGCUACAGCUGACAACACGGCUGCAAGGAGUGCGUGCUCUCGGACAGACUGGUUCUGAUGCAGGUGGCUCAGAGGAUGCAAAGAGGCAAACAAAAAAACAGAAGACAAGACGGACGUGAGAUGAAAGGACUGACUUCAUGCAGUGGUGCUCCGUCAAACUGGAGCCUGAGGAAGCAAAGCCACUGAAAUACACUUUUGUUGAACUUGUGGACUUUACAUUUUCGUUGCUAUACGAGCACCGUUUGUCACACUAGCUCCAUUUUGGUUGUAAAUUUUUUAUGGAGUCUAUAGAUUUCCUUGUUUUAAAGUAAUGAAAUGAAUGCCUCUAUUGUCACUGUGAGUGCAUCUCCCAUACUUGAAGACAAUUAAUGAUUUAUUUUUUCUCUGCAGUGGAACAGGUCAUGCUGUCCUUAUUAAUGAUUUGUACAAGCAGUAGUAAUAGACUGCUUGACUUCACUUUCAGUCUCUAUGUUUUGAGAUCUUUUUGCCUUGACACCAACUUUACAGAAGCAGCAGGUAGGGAUUUUACUAAAUCGGUGGUGCUUGAAACAAAGUUUUGGGGGACAUACAUGAACUGGUGAAUUAUGUCUUUUUCACUUCCAGUUCAGCAGCUUGAUUGAAGAGUCUGUCAUCUGCACACCUGUGAUUUCAGUUCUUAUCCAAUGAUUAUGUUAUCUUUGAUUAAAAUCAGGUUUUUGCCUGAUGAAGACAGAUUGUUGAUGUCAGGUAAGUUCUGAUGAUCCUACUGCAAAAGCAGUGUUUAAAUUUCAGUUUUGUAUACAGUGUGAUCUUUUCACACCUCCAGUAUUCCUGAAGUGGCACCAGCUGAUUGUACCAUUCUUUCCAAAGCUGUUUGAUGUUGUUGGUGAUACCCAUUCACCUGCGUGGCUGUCACAUCUCCUGCUCAGCCAUGAGCAGCCUGUUUGCCAAGUGAUUGACUUUUUUUUUCUUUUUUUACUUUUUUUAAUUUUGUUUUUUCCUUACUUUAAGAAAUGUGAGCUUUUCAAACUCUCCAAUGCGUACAGUCCCAAUAAUGUAGUCUGUAAUAAACAGCUGUUUCUUACAGGCUAUCUUUUGAUUCCUGUUUGAAGUAAACAGUUGGACAUACACAGUUUAAAUGUUAAUGGGGCUUUUUAUUGACAAAUAGUAUAAAGGUUAAUAGAGCUUUUGAAAGAUGCACAUGAAUGCCUACAAAUAUUGCAGAGACAUUGGUACCGCCAGUAAGUGGCAAUGUUUCUCUUUUACAGUACUUGAAAUAAAGUCCUUUUACAUUUAAAUAUUGAAGCUUACAAACUCUAUCAUUGUUAGAAAUUUGGAUGCUACAGGUUUCAUGCUAUUUUUGUUGGCAUUUUGUACUAGUUUGGGCCUAAAUAAUUAAAACUUCAUUCGGUGAUCAUUCUAAUCUCUCUGAGGGAAAUUUUAUCAAGAUCAUAAUAAAAAAGAAGACAAAGCAUGCAUGUAUGGAGUUUGAGAUGAAGCUCUAAUAAACAAGUGUCAUGCUCACUGCUUAAUGACCUUGAAUUUUAUAUUGCUGUGAUGAAAUAUAUGGGGAAAAAACAAAGUGUUGUAAUUACAUUGUACAUUUUCAAUGCAUCUUUAUUUUAAGCUAGUGAAUGUUAAGAAAAGUAUUGCCACUUUGGGGGAAUGCAUGAGGAAGAAUUGCACAUGUCCAUGUGCCUUCAGAGAGUACCAGAUAUCCUGACCUCUGAACUGUGGGACUUGCUGAUGAUUUACCUUAAACGUUGGAAAUGCUGUUAAUAAAAAGAAAAAAGUGCUAAUGAUUGCUAAUUUAGUGCUUCUAAACCCAGGAUUUGCCCAAUGUCUUUUCUCAAAAUUUUCUUUUCUUUGCCUUCUGCAGCACACUGGUGUCCUCCUUGCUUCCAACGCUUGUGUUUCAAGGUUUAUUCUGCUUUUGAAGUGUUUGUUCCUAACAGAAACUAUAGCUUGCAGUUUCUUACUUGGCAGAGAAGUCAUGGUGCUCUUUGAGAACAUGGAGAAAACUAACACAUGAGAUAAUUUCCUAAAGCAGAACUAAAUGCCAAGAAAUCAGUAUCUCCAAUUAUAUUUAGAAACCAAUAAUCAACUACACAGACCCAAGCGGAAAAACCAGUGUGGUCUCCCAAACUCGCAGAGCCACACACAUAACAUGGGGCUAGGCAGAGCUCUGUCCAUGCUGGCCAUGGACAGGCUGACUGGGGCACUGGGAGGGAGUAUUUGUGUGGACAUGGUGGUCUGCAUGGGCAAACAACUCCUGCCUUCAGCUGCCCACUCCAGGUGGCACCUGGUACCUCUGCUGUCUUCACAGCCCUUUACCUAUAGACCUGGCGUGGUAAUAGCUCUGCCUUCAUAUACAUAACCUAUCAUAUAUAUCCUCUAGAACAUGUAGCUCUAGAGGAUCUCCUUCAUACAAUGUGACAGCGUUACAGUGCUUUUUUGGUGCAGAAAUGCUGGGUUCAGUUUUGGAUUGCCUUCUGUACUCUUCUGUUGAAUAUUUAGGUAUCGCUUGCUCUGCAUAUUUGUGGUUUGCAGUUGAUUUUGUGCUCUUAAAACCAAGACUUCUAUACCAGUUGGGCUGGCCUUUUAGGUAUUUCCUAUUGAAAUGUCUGUUAAAGCUGCUUGUUGCAUCUUUAAUGAAUUGAUGUUAAUACAAAAGACAAAUGCAGAAUGGAACUAACAUUUAGAUGCUGACUUCUGCUAGAAAAAAUUCAAGGCUAAGCGUUGACUGUUCCUUUUUGCAGGCACAAUAGUGAAAGAAUGAUUAAUUCCUUUGCUUGGUGAAUUAAAUAUGGGCAAAUGGCUGAAUUCUGUUGGGAAUGAGAGUAAGGCCAUCUGGAUAAAGAUGGCAUGAUUUUUCUAUCAAAAGCAACAGUGAGUAUUACAUAGAUUUAGUUGGCUCAUCAGUGAUGCACAGAAUUCUAUUGUUUAAGAAUGAAAUGGAUCAUUAAUAUUGAAUUUUAAAAUUUCUUCAUAGACGGUUCAGCUUAGGUUCUAAAGCAUCAUCUUCAUUAGAUAGCUGUCAGAUUCCCAAAACAAGUGUUUUCGAUGCAUAAACAAAAUGUUGUUAAAGAUACAGUGGUUUAAAAAAAACAAAUGAGCUUAAAAGCAAGAAAACAAAUACUUAAAACGGAGAAAUUAGCAUUCUCAGCUAGGGUGGAGAAGCACAGGUUUCUUCAUGGUUAAUAGUCUUUGUUGUGUUUAUUUUUAAAAUCUAAAUAUUUGGUGAGUUGCAUUACUUAAUGUAAGAUACAUGGUUGUAUGAAUCUUCCUUGUGUUAAUUUUGUUCUUUGGAUAUUGAAAGGGCAACUAUAGACUUAUCCCUUUCAUAGUACUGAGUACUAUUCUCAACCCUGGGUUGAGAAAACAUGGACUAAGCACUGAGGCUUCUGAAGUCAAAAUGGCAUUGAAAAUCCUACAAGACAUCUGAGUAACUGAACUGUCCAGAAAAGCUGAGGCUGAACAUGGAAUUGGACCCUGAGAGGACUGGUGUCUUACUUUCCUCCUGUUCAGUAUUCACUGCUU